AUGAUUGACGAAUACAAUCAUCAUCAUCAUGAUGAUCUCACGUCUGUUUCGUACGAAGUUCUCUCCGAUGAUGGUUUGAAGGAUAAUGGUUCAUUUGGUGCUCAUGUCAAACAAGAAGUCAAUGAAAAACACUACAAUGUCGUAUGUUAUGGUCCAAUAAAAGUACGAGUCAGCACGCGAAGCACUCCGACUUUGUUAAGUGGCCGUCGAUCGAAAUUUUAUCCGCUCGAAGGUGAAGAAGCCACGAAACGAGAAUUAAAACGCGAGAAGAAUCGUCGAACAGCUCGAAUGUUAAAAGAACGACACAUUCAAAUCGAACUUGGUCUAAUGAACGAACUGAGUGCGCUGCAGACUAAAGAAAAAACUUUGCUUGAGGAAAUCAAUAAUCUCGAAUCCUACAAGGGAUUUCUUAAAGAUCGAUUUCAUGAACAACAAUUCGAACGAAAGGAAAAGUCAGGCCGAGAGCGAACAAAAGAAACAGAGGUGACUGUCUCGCCCAAAUCCGACUCAGAACCAAUAAAAACAGAACAAUCUCCUACACCACCACGAUGGGAGUUGCUUUUUAGUAUCUAA